AUGGAAGAGAACGGACGUGGGGAAACGCUAUGUAAAGUCUGCGGGGACAAGGCCUCUGGGAAGCAUUACGGCGUGCCGAGUUGCGACGGAUGUCGGGGUUUCUUCAAGCGGUCUAUCCGCAGAAAUUUGGAUUAUGUGUGCAAAGAGAACGGACGCUGCGUCGUGGACGUAUCGCGGCGCAACCAGUGCCAAGCCUGCCGUUUCACAAAGUGUCUUCAGGUCAACAUGAAACGAGACGGUACGUUAUUAUUCUCUGUACAACACGAGAGAGCACCGAGAAGUACAUCUUCUCUCGUUGCAGCGGCGAGGAGGACUUCUUCGGGGCUUUACACGGGCAUCCCUAACGUCUAUCAUCCUGCAAGCAGCACCUACCAUCCCCUCCUAUAUCCCGCAUUGUUCCCCUUCAAACCCACGGUACCAACAUUCACCCCGUCCGUCGCGCAUUUCUUGCCCCGACCGUCUCCGGAAUCCUUGUCUAUGACUACCGCCAAGGAGGACGAAGUUACCAGCUCCGAGGAAGCGGCUACUGUCGAUGUUAGAAUCGAAUCAAAAGAAGAACUAGUAAGCACUCGCUUGGCGCCGCCAGUUAUUACUUCCGUCUCAUCGGAAUACACCAUGCAAGGCUUAUCCCUCCUGCCGACUGAAAAUAUCUACGAGUUCGCGGCAAAAUUACUUUUCUUCGCCGUUCGAUGGGCAAGGAGUAUACAUUCCUUUCUGCAGCUUCCUUACAGAGAUCAAACUAUCCUCCUGGAGGAAUCGUGGAGCGAAUUGUUCGUGCUGACAGCCGCGCAGUGGAACUUUCCCGUAGACGAGACUACCCUGGUGCCCGUGGAUCUGCCGCUAGAACGGAAGGAAGUUCUCCUCGACAAAGCGAGGAGGCUGAGAGAACUCUUAGCAAAGUGUGCCACGCUGAGGGUGGAUCAUUCGGAGUACGCGUGCUUGAAGGCCAUAGUUCUCUUCAAGGCGGAGUCGCGAAACCUCUGCGAGCCAGGACGAGUGUCGGCGCUGCAAGAGCAGACGGUGGCGGUGUUCUGCGAGAGGGAUGCGCGCCGGGUGGGUCGAUUAUUGCUGCUCUUACCACCGGCGCGUGCACUCUGCCGUGCUACCCUGCACGAAUUGUUGUUCAAGCCGACGGUCGGCGAAGUCAGUGUGGAACGACUGUUGGGCGAUAUGGUCGGCGCCCUCAGACCCACUUAACCGCUGGCACGAAUGCGCCCUUCGCUCUUGGGGUAUCCGUGUUGUGUGUAUUUUACCGACAUCCUUUUAUCGGCGAUGCCGAAAUUCAGACCAAGGGAUGAUCAUGUUAAGAUAAAAUGCACUUUCGCGUCAUAAGAUUGUUUAUACAAGAAAUGCGCAUUUACAUGAUGAAUCGAUUUACUAUCGAUCCUUAAAUUAUUUAUUUUACUUGAAAAUAAUUAACGCUGCAGAGUAUCAAACAAUACAAAAAUAUUGUGAUCGAUUUCGAUGUCGUUUAUGUCGCAUAGUGGAGUUGAUUGUUUUAGAUACUGAAGAUUAUUAAUGUAAAUGUAACGGGGUGUAAUUAUUAUUGAAAGUAUAGUUAUUGGAAUAGCCUGUAUUAAUGUAUUAUCUCUGUAUUAAUACAGAGAUAAAAAAAAAAAUCCUACAUCUAUAAUUCUACGUCACUGACAUCAAUCAUUUAAAUCGUACGUGAUAUCGAAGUCUAGUCCAGCAGUAGAUUUCUUGCUCUCUUCUAAGAUUAUAACUUUGGUCAAGACUAAACAGUCUUAUUUUAUGUAUUAUUUUAUAAUUAAAAUUAUGAUCCAGAAAAGCAGCCAAUUAGAGCUGAUUUAGAGCAAUUGUCCAAGCAAGGAUAUUCUAAAUCAUAGACUAAUAAUUGUAAAUGAAACAGAUAAGCAAUAAGCGACGAAGAUAAUUCUUGUUGCCGGCUUAUCGAGUUAUGAUAUAUGUACGCCGCGUUGGACAAGCCGAUAAAAUGCGCAAAACGGUGAUAAAAAGAUACAGCAGUUGGGAAGCGUUCGAGAUUUCGUAACGCAGCGACAGUUUCGCCGGUCGGAAUAUCGAUUCGUGCGAUGGAUAGAAUUAUGGCGCUAUUGUCAAUCGCAUCAAUUCUUUCCGUGUUUGUAUGUGGUAUUAUAUAGAACGUAAAUGGGCUUUGCGCAAUGUAAUAUUGAUGCACCUUAAGUGGACAUAUAUAUGUACAUACCUGUCCUAGAUAUAUAAAUUAUGAUCUAUAGCCCAUCGUAUAUUAGAUGUAAUGCGAUGUUAAAGCGGCACAAACGCGUAUUCGAGUAAUUAUCUUAAUUACGCGUAAUUGAUUAACGAUCUCGUUCAUUAUGUUCCUCGUGCCACUAGUCAGAUAUAUUUGAAGCGAUUAUCGCCAUUGCCAGUAUCACGCUAAUGUUAUCCCUGCAUAGCAUUUUUUGCGCUAGAACGACCGAAGAUUAUCUAAUCGCGAAAUUAACGAAUAUUGUUUUCAAAAAUUGUUCUUCACAGUUAAACUGGAAUAAAUUCCUUUAGAAAAGAAAAGCGUACACUUUUCUUUUCCUUAAAAUGAUGUUUUAAAUCUAAAAAGCGCUUGAACAAUGUAAUUUUUCUAUGAAAUUAAGGGGAGAGCCUGGAAAAAAUUUUUCACGACUUAUUUUAAAUUUGGUAUUUUAACUGAGUAAUCUUACUUGAGUAACUUCUUUACGCAAAUAAAAACAAUCUUGUAAAAAAUGAUAAAAUAAAUACACUUGUGAAAUCAUUAGCGUAAUUAAUACGGAAGGGUGAUGAGGGCACACACUCACAUGUGAUUUUUUUUAUUAACUAGAAUAAUUUAUUUUUCUCUCAUGGUAGAAAAAGGAGAAUGUAUCUUAACUCACGAACUGCAUUGUACUUAUAUAUAUACAAUUACAUACAAUCUUCAAUUGAACGUUACACAUAAACUCAUUACACAUCGAUUUCUCAUUACUUCCUUGUCCUCGUGAAUGCAUUCCCGAAAGAAAGAAUUGCUCGCUAUAUUAUCCGAAAAUGUGAUAUCGGCCGGUUAUUCAGCAGAGUAGGAAAAGUUGUUUCGACUGCAAAUGUAGCUGUGUGUGAAUGUCCUUUUUUAUUUUUGCGUGUAAACUGAGAGAAAGGAGAUAGGGAGACAGAGUGGAACAGAGUUCAAGAGGGAAAAAGGCGGAGAAAUGGAAAACUCUGCGGAAAGUUUUCAUAUGAAGGAGCUAUUCGCGCGUGUGUGUCGUAAUACAUGUGUUGUAUUCACGUGUGUAUGCGUUUACGAAUGGAAGGAUUUUCGGAUGGACGCUAAUUAUCGAUGGGAGCAUUUCGUGACGGAAAGAUUUCGAGGUUCACAUUCGCAUUAUCUUGUUAGCUCGGUAUCUCCGUCUGUCGAAUCGCGCGUUGCGAUUUUCGUUUGUGUGUAACCAUUCUCGAAAAAAAAAUAAAGAUUACUGAUAACAUAGCGGUAGCUGGAAGAAAACGAAAACAUCCGACCAAGCUGAGCGAUGACGUGGAGAAAAAUCUUGAUCACACGUGAUUUCUAAUUCGAGGGAAGUACAUUUAAGCUGGAAGUACGUUCAAACAAUUUUUUAAAUACCUUCAAUGCUUCAUAUAAAAUUCAUUAGAUUAUUGUAAAAUCUUUUAGUGUUGAGAUUCCUAAAAAAAUUUGAAAUUAUUUUUACUUGAAAAUUAAAAUGUCUUCACUUUGUUUAAAAUUCUUUAGAAAUACUCGACGUUAUCGUAUUCGAAGCUUCAAAUGUAUCUCUCCCUCAUUUCUAUUCUGCCUUGAAUCUCGCUUGGCCGUUUUGUUCGAAUCUUUUCUAUCGAUUUCAACAUAUCAACGGAUAUUACUUAAUAAACAAACAAACAAACAAAAAAAGAAGAGAAAGAAGAGAUCUCUCUUCGAAACCUACUCGUGAGUUACCUGCUUUCUUCCGUGACCCGCCAGUCGCUCUUUAUUAUAUACGUGUUAUAUAUUUAUAUACUGUUCUCCUUAAUAGCAUUUUUUUAACGCGUUUACAUUCAAAUAGAUUUUUAUUAGAGUUACACAGUUAAUGAUUUGCAAUUAAAUCUGAUUCAUCUGCGUGUGCCUAUUAUUUUCUCGUUCAUCCAUUACACUUUCAUUCUCUCUCUCUCUCUCUCUCUCUCUCUCUCUCUCUCUUUCUCUCUAUUUUUUUCUACGAUAAUCGCAAUUUUCUCUUUUUUCCUUUUUCAUUUAUGUGAGGAAUUGUUCUCGUUUGCCAAUGCUCGCUUACGCGCGCGCUUCGCUUCGAUCCUCGCUUCGAGAUCCAAUUGAAUUGCAUUAUUAAUCAAAUUAAUCGAGAUAACAAGAGAAAUGUGUUAAUGUCUUCUAAUGAUAAAAUCAAUGGUAACUAGUGAAGUCAUUAAUCAAUGGUAAUAAACGAUUAUUUCGAUUAUUAAUACAUCAAGCAUUUAUUGCUCAUUAAAAUAUAGCUUAUCUCUUAGCAAUUCAAGAUUCGUUUGCGCAAUUUCGACAAGUGAAAAAUACCUAUGUCGGAUAUUUUAUAUUCACAAGAUUGAGGAUCGAAGUUCGUAGGCGCGUUAACGUUACAAAAAGAAAAAGACGCGCGUACAUUUGUGUUCGCUGAAUCUUUCCUCUUCCUGAUUCUCUGUCGCUUGAAUGCGCGACGAUAAAUAUCGUCGACGCCUUAAUUUCUAUACCUUGGCUUUUUCUCGUGUUCUUCUUUUCUUUUCUUUAAAAAGAUGAAAAAAAUGAGACAAACACAACGGCAUUUCUAUUAUUUUCCUUCAUUUCAACACUAAUAUGUAAGGACAAAAAACUAACAGAUUUCGGCGUAAUAACAAAUCGUCGUGAGCCGAAAGCCCGAAGGGAGUUCCGAGAGAGCAAAUCCGAACACAUUCCGGAUUUUUACGGAACACUCAUGUCUCUUUGCCACGCGACUCGGUUUUCUACGCAUUUUCUCUGCAAACUCGGAACUUCCUCGGAAUCAGCAAACAGCGAAAUAUAACAGAUUGUCGGCUCUGACGAUCGUCGUUACGGAUUUCUCGAUGAUUCCCAUUAUUCUCAAUCGUAAAUAAUCAAUGUCAAUGAUAAUGAUUACGCUCAUAAUCUAUCUAUUCUCUGCAAUAGAAUAUUUCAUCGUAAUCCUUUUUUCCUCUCUAGAGAAAAAAAGAUAUUCCAAUAUCGCUGCUUUCCCAAAGAAAAAAAGAAUUUUUGUUACUAUCGAAAAAUCGACAUUAUAAAAUUUUUUUCUACGAAUUUCUGGAGAAUACGACUCCCAAAAUAAGUGCAAAACAAUUUGGCAGUGAUGUCUCACCUUAUUAAUUAAUAAUUAAUUGAUAUUAAUUAAGAAUGUUUAUAUCCUCUACUUUCUGCGAUUUUCUUUAUUCGGGAUACAAUAUUCGCCGGAAUUCCGCGAUAAUAUCUAUUUGUUAUUUCUGAUAACUAUCGUAUUUUUAUGGAAUAUUGUGAGAUAAUUAGAUACGAAAGAGCAGAGAAAUAUUCCGCGAUCAGGAAUAUUAAAACUUUUCGAGAAAAAUCCGCAACUUUGGCGAUCCUAUAUACUAUAUACAUUCGCGAGGGGGAGCACCCGCAAAAAAGACGCUCGAAAAAAAGGAUUGUAUUCCUGAGAGUGCUCCAUCACUCUCGGCAGAGCACGCAAACGCAAUAAUCUAUUAUCUCGUAAUUGUUUAUCGUCGUCGUUACGCUCGCAACUAUUUUCUAUUGUAUGAGGGGGUGGUGAGACGUGGGUUGGGGUUUGCCUGUGUUAUUAGUAUAAUCGUCGCGCGUUGCUACGACAGUUCGUCUCGUUUCGCACCGGUGCGCUUUGCAUCGGCAUCCGAAUUUGCUAAAUCCACCGGCGAUGAUAAACGCAGAAUUCGCUUCAUUCCGCCUCAAAGAUAAUUAACGUUACAGCGAAUCGAUAAUUAUUACAGACUUGCCUCGCCCGACUUCCUCUGUGCACGCAGCUUUUCCCGCCCAUCCUGCAGAGGGAAAAGGACGUCUCGAAUGGAUUUGUCGCGAAUAGUCAUAUCGAUUACCGACGAAGAUACCCGUUUGUGGACAAAGCCGCUGUAAUUUUCAACGAUAUCGUGAUUUCAAUUGAUGCUCUCUUGUCUCUCUCUUUCUCUCUGAAAAGCUUCAAUGCAAUAAACGAAGAUAUAUUAUCUGCAUCGAUUGCAAUGUGUAACUCACUUUUCGACGAUCGUUUCUUUCUUAAGAGGGAAAAAAUCCUUUUUUUAAGAGAGGAUUUUUCCAACGAGAGAGAUUAUGUAGAACUCAUCUUUGAGAUCACAAUGUUACAUAUCGGGCAAUAAAAAGCAGUAUGGCUUUAUUAUAACUCUAUCAAUUUUUUAAUAAAAUUUUUUCUCUUUAUUUUUUCUUAAAAUAUUAUUAAAAACAAAAUUUAGAUUCACAUGAAAUUGGAAGAGGCAAGUGAUGUUUUAUGAAAUUAUAAUUAAUUGCAUCGAUUCCAAUCAAUUCUGUAUCGCGUAUCGAUCGCUGAAACAUUAGUCAUCUCCUAUAUCUUCAUUAAAAUAAUUUCGUGGACAAAUUAUGCGCUAUAUCAUGCCAGAUGAUUUAUGCUUACGGUUAUAGCUUUCAGAAUCUGCGAGGUAGUUUGCGUGUAGGCGCGUCGCGACGCCAGGCGUCUCGACGCCGGUGCUUUCAAAAAUCCCCAUUGAUCUAUUGUAACAGCUAUUGCACAUACAUGAUUUGAUAUAUAAUGUGUGUAUAGAGAAAUCGCGUGACAUCUGAUUGUGAUAAAAAAAACAAAGGAUGCGUAGAAAGACUUGGUUCUCUUUGCAAACUGUAAAUAUUAAUCGUAGUUAAUUAAUUAACAUGUAAUAGGUACGUUUAAAUGCCAUUCGGUUUCCAUAACUCCCCGUCGUUUCUCUCCUUCUCUCGUUCUUUACAUUUUUUCCCCUUUCUUUCUCCCAUUCUCUCUUUCACACACUCUCGCUGUAUUUCACACGUAUUCUAAAUCUCUCACGCAUUCUGCUUCGUUACGUAUCGUUAAAGCAAAAGAUAAAACUGCAAAAUAUAUAUGGUGUAGAUAUAUAUAUGUAUAAUAUAUGUGUAAUGUGCAUAUGUAUAUACACACAUAUAUAUACAUAUAUCGAUGUAUAUAAUAUAAAUUUUUAUGGCAAAUCUGGUUCGUUAAUAAACUCUUAAAUAUUUAUUGCAGAUGGAGAGAAUCGAUCGUUUCCUUUUCUAUAACACGUGUACAGCGCGACACGUACGAUUAGCCAUAAAAAUUUUUGUACGUCCAAACUGGAAGAAAGCAGAGAUCUAUUGGAAUCAUUAAAACGAAUCCUCGGAUAUUAACAAAGACGUUUAAAAAUAUAGCAUUUUUCUUUAUCCCUUCCAAUUUGUUUCUUUCUUUCUUUCAGACUAGACGCACGUGUUAACCGUGAAACACGUAUGUAUCUUCGCAGAGAAAGAAACACGCGUGUACUGAAGAAAUAUUACACGCGUGAAAAAUAAUGCGGCUGUGAAACGUAACGAAUUCUACUUCACCCUUAUCCUGCGUACGCAUGUUUGUUUUUGUGUCUGUCAGUAUGAUUCGCUUUCAACGUCUUUCUCUUCGCUCAUCAAAGUGAUACGUGGCAAUUCCUCACUUGUAUGCGCCUACUAAAUUUAUGAUUCCAAAAAAAAUCAUUUUAGCGGUUGCUCUCCCUCCAGAAAUGGUAUCUAAAUUUUUUGAAAACGAUUUUUCGCUUAUUCGCGUUUCUUAAGUUUUUAAAAGGAUUUCCUAAACACAAUGGUUUUUUUUCUUCCUCGACCAAAAGUCUCAAGUGUAUAAAGUUUUUACACUUGCGCCAAUAAUUUCAAAAAGAUCGUAUCCUUACAAAGAUUUAUCUGCCUCUUUUAAGAAUGGAACAACAGGAAAGAUGCAUGUUCCGAAAGAUGGAUAUGCGAUUUCUUUGAAAUUAACUGGCAAUUAUUUGGUCGAUCUUGAUAAUAAUAUAGUCGCGAGGCGACAGACGGAACUUGAAUUUCGCAUCUGGAGGAAAGCCGUCCGCUACUUUCUUUUUCUGCCUUAUUAUAUGCCUACGAACAUUUUAUUUCCUAUGCUUUCGUGUACUUAAUAAGGAUUAUUCAUAUAGAAUAUGUAGUAUGUAGUAAACAUUAUCCACUAAAAACACUGUAGCUUUCUUUUUCCUCUCGAUCGAAAAGUUUUAUGCGCCACGUGCUGCAUUUAUACGCGUGUAUGUGUGUCGAUGUACGUCUGCUUUCACAAGUGAUCUGUGUAAAUUUAGCGAUUCGGAAUGGCGCAAUUGGGUGUGGAGUGGAUUAAAAAAAAAUUAAUGAAGAAAACAUUUUACGUAUAAUAGGAAAAAAAGUCAACAGAACAAAUGCCAAAAAACAAACGAAAAAAGAAACCGUAACGCGACGACGCACAAAAUUUUGCGAAUUCAUGCGGAAAGGACAGCUCGCGAAAAGGAUGAUCUUUGAAGAAAGAAACGCGCGUUCCCAAGUCGAAAUGUUUCCUCCAUUUCUCUCUCUUUAUCUCUUUUAUUCACAUGUUUAUGCCUUACGUGUCUCAGAUAUAUUUUUUAAGAAAUCACCUUAAAGCAAAAGAAUUAAUAACAAAAACAACUAUGUUGUUCUAAAUUAUUCAACUAUGCUGCAAGUUUCAUAACAAUUAAAAAUUACAACCAUUGCAAUUAUUUUAGUUAAUUAUUGAUUCUUCAGCAUAAUAAACGCUUUAAGGAAAAUUAAGAAGUGCCGAAAUAAAUUUGGAGGAACAAUGAGGAACGUGUUUCGCGUUUCUUUUGACGUUCGCAAAGAUCAAGAAAAAAAAUCGCCGAACACACAAAAAUAUAUAGUGGCUAGUAGCAUUAGUAGUAAUAGGAAUAAUGGUAGUAGUAGUAAGUAGCAGCAAAUUAUAUAAAACUUUUCCCUCUAGAAAUAGUAGCGAUUAAAGUAAACUACAAUAGACAAAAAUGAAUUAAUUACGGCGAAAUUGUUUCAAUCGCGGUAAAGUUCGAUUCCCUUUCUCUCGUGGUGAUUGUGGUGAUCCGAGUCAAAGGAUCUCGCCGAAAUUAAAAAAAAAAAAGAAAAAAAAAACCAAAGGACUCAUUAAACUUAACGUAGCGAGUGUGGAGCGAAUGCAAGCGCGGAGGUUGUCCCCGUCGGCAAUGCACAAUCUUUAUAUCUAUAUAUGCGUAUCGACACCUCGGGACGAGAACGAGCGAAAGCGGAAAAGUCAAACAAGAGUGUAGUUUUGUUUUUGCAUUUCCACGAGGAAGAUUUAACGGGAUAUCUCUUCGCGUUUCGCGUCUACGAGACGCAGAAUGACGCUAAUCAUUCUGACCACGAGGCAUCGAUAUGCCAUUUGAGAAAAUGGGUGGAUUUCCUCAAUGUGUUAUUCUGCUUUCUUUCGCUUAUGAUUAGUAUUAUGUUAUCUCCCUUGAGAUGCAUCGUCCUGUCACUGUAAUCCUGCACUCUUUCUCUGUCAUCUCUCUUCCCCCCACUCUCUCUCUUUCUCACACUCAUUCCUCUUAACUAAUACAGUGUUCUUUUUGCUAUUGUGAUAGUGUUCCUCGCAUUUCUCUUUUUUUUCACCCCUACUUACUAUAGCAACGGCGAGACGGCGCGGCGUCGCCGCGUCCGCUAUAAUUAUCGAUUAAUUAAUUAUUAUUAUUACUUCGUUUAUGCAUGCAACCAUCAUUAUGUGUGGGUGUGUGCUUCCUCUCCUCGAUUAUCCUCUCCCUUUGCGCUUAUCUCGGCGUGCGUAUAUAUAAUUAAUAAUAAUAUGUAUACGUAUAUUAUAUAAUAGAGAUACAUAUAAAAGUAUAUAUAUAUAUGUAUAUAUUUAUAUAGUAUGCGUGUGUAUUGUGACAUAGCAUGUCGAUGCCCAUGUAGUAUAUCGCUGUCGAUUCGUUAUGUUACUUUGAAAUUCCUUUCUAAUGCGCUAAUGAAAUUUGGCCCUUUCGGUCGCCCUAGCGUCGUGCUGGGUCGGACCGAUUCUUCUGCUGCUGUUGCUGCUUCUUCUUCCUCCUCUUCUAAUUCUUCAGGUAUACAAAUAUGCCGUGGCCUUUUACCUUGUCUUUUGCUCUGCUGCGCGAAAGCUGUGUUCUCGUUGCUGGCGUUUCGCCUUCGUUUUUGCAAUUGCUUCUUUCUUUCGUUUAUUCUGCUUUCAGUUUCUUUCGCUAUGUCCUGCCCUUUGUCUUUUAUAGCGCUUGAAAACCUACUUGCGAUUAAUUUAGCAAUCCUUUCUCGUCGUGGCAGUUUUUUUUUUGUGAAUUCGCGCGAUCGCUAUUGAAGCGCCUCGCGUAUAAGUGACGAUCACGGUUUUGCAUCUGUCGAUUUCCUUUUUUUUUUUAGUUUGAUUAUAUGUUAUAGAAUUCUUAAUCUAAUCCCUGAUAGAUUUCAUUUUCCGAAUUUGAGACGUCCGAAAAUUCAUAUUGGCUGCAUCUUUCGUUUUCUGUCACUUUGAUUAUCUUGAAAUUGUUAAUUCAAUUCGUAUAGUCAAUGCGGUUUUCAUUUCCGAACAAAAUAUUUGAGAAGUCCAAAUUGAUCUUUUCCUUGAUGAAGAUUGACGCUGUCUUGAUUAUUUCGAAAGUUUUAGUUACGUUUCUAUUCGACGUUUUUCCACUAAUUGUAAUACUUAAAAAUUCAAACCAAGUUCUUCAUCAAUUCUUUGAUAAGGAUUAACAAAUUAUCUUUCUAAAAUUAUAAUUUAAUUUAUACUUAAAGCGAUCCGAAUUUUCGUUUUUCUUCUUAAGGAUCGACAUCUUUUCUUUUACAUCUUAUUCUUUUAUUGUUUUCUAUUUCAGUACGCUGUGCUAUUGCUGCUUGCAUGUUACGCGUUCUGUUGUAUCUUCUAUUGCUGUUAUUUUUCCAUGAUUCGCUUUCUCUAUACCUAAUUUAUUCUCGCCGUUGACACAAACGAGAAAUCAUAAAGCGAAUUAUGCCGCAAGUCAAAAAGGUCCUGGGAAAAAUCUCGCAUUGAUAAUCACGGCAGUCGCAUUUUUACGUAAAUCUAUUACUUUGGUUGGUCGAGUAAUUUUUCUUGAUCAUGAUGAGUGUUUGCAAAAUUUGUAAAAACUAGAAAUAAUUUCGAAAAAUUAAAGGUGUUUGCGCCGAGGGAUAAUUUAAACUUCAUCUGAUUUGCGAAAUUAAUUUUAGAUCAUUUAUAUGAUUGUUAUAUACUACGAAAUUAAAUUAUUAUAUAAAUUAAUUAUCCGAUAAAAGCAUUGGCGUUUAAGACGAUCCAAUAGAAUUCGAGUCUAAUCGGACGUGGUUGGUACAUAAAGGUGGUAAAUCAAGCAUGAAGAGUUGAUCUCUCAAUUCAGAGGGUGCGAUAGAAUUCCGCGACGCGCGUUCAAUUUCGUUUUAUGAGUACUGGUCCCGUUUAAAUCACCGUGCGAACGCUGACGUGACUCGUUUCGAUCGAUAUCCUCAUCUGUUAUUGGAUUACGAAAUGAGAGAUCGUAGCUGUAGAUAUUUCGCCAGGAUCCGUUCGACUCGCGGCAAUGUAUAUACACAGCGUUACUUUAUGUACACAUGUACAUAUGUACAACAUUUUGACUUGCUGUACGUGGUCAUUGUGGCCGGAGGAUAAUAUUGAAAAGUAGGUCGGUUAACCCGGCAGUGGUACAGCCCGGGAUUAUCAUCGGCCCGGCGGGAAAAAAGGGGACCCACGGAGACUAUUUUCCGCACGGUUUCCUCAAGAAAAUCAUCGAGUCAGCUUCCGAACGUGUUUGUAUAUUAUUAUUGGAUUACAGGACAACUCGUGUUUAUUCGUUAUUUUAUUACCAAGUAACAUUUCCGCAUAUCUUAUAACUAAAUGAUUUUUGUAUCUUUCCAAUUUUAAGACGUGUGCUCCGAUCGGGCACAGUUCACGCAUCAUUUACGCCAGACGGAGUUAAAUGAUCGGAAGAAAAUCGAUGCAUUACGUGUAUACAUAUAUUUUGCAUUACUAUUUAUUGUUUAAAAUAAUCGGAACAUGAUCGAUAUGCACUAAUAUAUAAGUCGCCUUACUAUAUAUAUAUAUUUAUAUAUAUAUAUAUAUAUUGAUUAUAACGUAAAGAGCACCUGAAGACAAAUGAUACCACUGCCGGGCUAAAAGCGGCGUCUGAGCGAUUAUCGGCGGUAGUAUAACGCUAUUUUAUGUUCGGUAUAAAACAUGGUUUCUUCUCGGGAGUGUGUGCGUCGUUUCGAAAAAUCGGUAUCGCCGCAAGCAGGGAAAAUCGCACGCGCGUGAUCUACGAAUGCUGACAGCUGUUAUCCGCGUGUAUGCGGACCGACAGCAACGUUUUCACAAACUGUAGGAAGAAUGAACAAGCACAUCACGCACGAAUGUUAAACUAGAAUGGCAGAAAAAAAGGAAAAUUAACAACGGAACGUAACGCGUGAGCGAAGAACAAGAGACCUGUUCCCGAAUCGUGUUCCGAAGGAGUCCUUCCGCCGAUCGCUCGAGCGUUCUGCCGGAGCUGAUUCUAUCUUCUUUUUCUCGCUCGGUGCAACAAGUGAAUAAACAAAGACAAAAAAAAUAAGAAAUAAAGAAAAAAACCAAGAUUAAAAAUACGGAAGGAAAACGCGAACAACUAUUCUUUUCUCUUUUUUUUGUGCCUGGCAGCAUUUUUUCACUUUUCGUUUCUUUCAAUUUCAUAGAAUUCUUGUAAAACUUAUGAGGUAGCGAUGGUAUUACGUAAAUUCCCUGUUUAUUCAUUCCUCUCGCGCAAGCACGGAGUGAAAGGAAAGAAAAAAAAGAAUUUGCUUCCUUCUUUUGUAUGCGGGAUGUUUCCCACUCCGUGUGCGGAGCUUUCUCGCAUUCUCCCGGAAACGGCUAUUUUGGGUUUUAGUAUUAUUAAUCUCGUCUCUCGACAUUGUUUUCAGCGUCCGAUCGGUCGCCUCAUCUCAGUGUUGGCAGUGUGUGAACAGCCUUAUAUGUGAGAUAUAAUUACUAUCGUUGAGGUACGAUUGGUAGAUCGUACCUUGAAUCAAACCUAAUCGCACGGCGAAAUUUGUCCGUCCAUUUUUCUCACGAAAAACCGUGGUUUCUACUGUUUUUUCCACAAACAUUUUGAAAAACGAUCAUUGCAUAUUUAGUUUUUUGAUGACAUUGGAGCAAAAAUAGAAUAUAUUUAAUACAAUUAUAAGUAAAAUAUUUAAUUUUUAAGGAAAUUGUCGUAUGCAAACCGCGCAGAGUUAAACGUGUGUUACGGUAUUUCAAUGGAACGGAUGAUUUCCUACCGUGCGAUCGCUUUCUUGCGGAUGUGAUCAUUCCUUAGCGUAUAUAAUCAGUCGCAAAAUUCUGUAGCAAAGUGAGACGAGGCACACCUGUGUGGAAAGCUGCGUACAAAACUGUCGCUCAAUUUUUUCUGCUCUCCCAUUUCUCUCUCUCUCUCUCUCUCACUCUCUUUCACACAUUCACACGUCAUACAUACGCACAAAUUCUUGCUUCCUUUCCAUCUCAUUCACUCGCUUCAUUCGCCCCGUUCGACGAACGGCUAUUUACGGGUUGCACAUAAUCUGGCACGUCGACUAAUCAUCCGCCUCACGUUAAUUAAGUUUAAGCUUUACAUAUAAUAUAUAUCUAUGUACAACAGAUGUAUAGUGUAUAUGCGCUGCGUAACUAUGUAUACAUAGGUAUAUUUCUCGGGGAUUAUCGGGGGAAGGGUAAAUGCAGUGUAGAGAAUAAGUUACAUAUCCGCGCGGCUCUCCAUCAUAAUGCCCAUUAUUGGCAACAAUAGGAUAAUAAUAGAUAAUACACCGGAAGUCCCUUCAACGGGCUCCCACCGUCGUCAUCACUUCUCCAUUUUUACUCUCUGUCACACUCUACUUCUCUAGCUUCGCUUACGAUCACCUUACGAAUAACAUUACAUCUUCCACACACGUUUCUUCACUCUCUUAGCGUUAAUAAGCGCCAUUCUUCUCACCUCUCCUCUCUCACUGUCCCUAUCAUCUGGAGGCGCGGCAACACGCCCAAGGAGCUUAUCUGAUAUACUAUCUGUUUAGCGAUAUCAACCUGUCACAGUAAUAACAAUGCCCAAGUGUGUAUAAUAAGGCCUUCGAUUGCCGCCACGUGCCCGGUCCCAGAAUUGUUUCCUGCGCCGAAAGUACCGUUCAUCCCCAUUUGAUUUUUCCAAACGAACGUCCGAUCGCGCCCAAAGUAUCUGGAUAAAAAGUCGAAAAGAAGAUAAGACACGUAGCUUCUUUUUAUGAUCCUCAAUAUUUUAUUACUUAUGCAGAUCAAUUUUUGCGAUUAUUUUCAAUAAUUGCUGAAUUUCCGAGAACAUUCGAUCAUUAUUGUAAAAUAUAUCAAUUCGCAAUUUAUCCAGAUAACUUUCGAAGCCAAUCGUUACGUCGCGGUCGCUUCGCGUAUUUUCGGAAAAUAAUCGUUAACCCGUCGAGGAACGAGAACACGUUAGUGACGAAACGGUUUUCGUCCUCGAGCGAAAUUCACGAGCAAAUCCAGCGACCGUAUUCCCCUUGAAAAAUUUUUCCGGCGGCUUUAUCACCGUUUCCUGCACCCAAAUCGCACUUACUCCAAAUCUCUAUCGAAACCCUAAUACUAAAGCCCAAAAUAAUGUACCUCUCCUGGCUGCAAUCUGCCAUCUCUGUUUUACUUUUGCUUUUGUCAAUCACCCCCCAAACUUAGACGCGAAUACGAUUCUCGUCCCGUUUACGAGCGAGAAGCGCGUGACGCGUAUUUAAUAUUAAAAAAAUCGGUUUAAAUCACUUCUUAUCGCUAUUAUUACUUAUUAGUUGCUACUAUUAAUUAAAGACAAGUAUCCUGCAAUCUGUUUGAGUUCCAAACGGGCCGCGGUCGCGCGACCCUGGACGCGAGUUGUCUUUCUCUAAGCGUUGCUCGCGAACGCGAUCGCGGUGAUGCGGGAUCGAUCGUCCGGAUUCUGCAUGCCGGAAUACAUGUACCUAUAUAUGUAAAUAUAUAUAUUUUUUAUAUAUCAAUAUAUCUUGUCGGUGAGUAAUGUCGGUGAGAGAGUAAUGCGGAGUAAUGUCGGUCGAGAGAAACGCUGCUACGUCAUUUCUCUCCCCUUUCUAUUUCCGGAUGUGCUAUGCGCUACUGUGUAUCCAGGAUGUUCCUCCCACGGCGAUUUCUGCGAACUCGAGGAAUAUCGAUCGAAAUUUCAACCGUUUUCUUCGAAGGUCUUCGCGAGAGAUUCGGUCGUUAAUUAAUUUUUAUCGAAUCAAAUGCCGUUUCAAUUGGCUUCGUCAUUCCUCAGAGGUUCGCCAGCGGUGGUAAGAGAAGGGCUCCAACUCCUACUUCUCCUCCCGAGGAACUCCUGUUGUAUGCGUUGGCAUGCGAUGUUGAAGAUCGGACGCAUUUGGAUGCCGUCCGCAGAGAGUUGUGCUGCGUUCACGACUGGUCCUGGAUUGCGAGUGAUCAAUGAAAACGAGAGCAUCCUGGCUCGAGCGUCUCGUUCGCCUGACUCUUUUUUUUCUUCCUGUCUCUCUCUUGUCUGAGUGUAUCUUCGUGGAAAGUCCAAUAUUAUAUUGCGAAUCGCGUAGCUGUUACGCGUUAGACGCUCUCUUUAUUUUCUUCACUUUUUUUAAAAUACCUUUUCUCGCUCGCAGGCAUGUUUGGCCUGAGAUUCUGCCGUCUGUGCACCUUUUUUUUUCCUCUUGCGAUUUCGCUCUCGUAAGUGAUACGAUGCGCGUGUUAAUUAUCGUUCAUCGUCACGCGUUUGUGCGAGUUCUGUUCAACUUGCUGAAGAAUGUUCGGCGAUGCCCUGUGGAAAACGCGUCGAUUAUCUAUCGGUGUUAGCGAUACAAAACUGCGUUUUGUAAUGACAGGACGUAACGGAAGAUCGGAUAAAACUGCGUUGUGCGAGAGUCAUUGGAGACACACUGACGAUGUUAGAACGCGCGUUCGUACAAAGAAAAAUGGAGUACUUUAUUAGUUUUCGAGAUUUGCACGAUAGUUGAAGUGUUCUCUUUUACUUUUUUUUACUGACUGAUUCUUCUAAUUGUAAUUUUUUUUAUGACGAUGAUAUUUGUAUCUUCUUUUUCGGCGGAAUGACGUUAAAUUUUACUUUUUUUCGCUCGAAUCUCCUAUUUUUAGCUUAAUCUGCCGGAAUAGUACAAUCUUAGCCGAGCUUAGUAUAAUCUUGACUUUUUUACGCGACAGUAAAAUACUCUAGAAUACUAACAUUUAGCAAUAAAUCGAUUUUGUACAUUUGUUUGUCGAUAUCUCUACCAGUAGAUUAAGUUAUAUUCCUCGCCUCUAACUUUUCGCGCGCCUCGCGGGUGCGCGUAAUAAUUUAUAACGUUAAAAAUUUUCUUUCUUCUCUUUAAGUUAUUAUUAUAUUAAUAAUUUCAUCUAUUCAAUCAUCGUUUGUUAUUUUGUUUGAUUUGUACAUUUUCUUUUUUCUCUCGAGCGUGCGAGCAAGUUGUCUCUCUCUCUCUCUCUCUCCCUCUUUGUCUUCCUUUUCUUAUCUUAGCGUUUUCUGAAUGCUUGAAGAAUCGGCCAAAUAAUGUUCCCUUCUUCCGUUUUUUUUCCUGAUCAAAGAGGCUGCUUCGGUUUGCUGUCUUCUUGUGAAAAGUACAACUUCCAUCUUUUUUUUUAUUUUCAUUCUUUUCUCCCAAAUUUUUGACCUUAAAUUUUUUUUUUAAAUUCAUCGCAACGAAAUUAUUCAAACUGAAAGACCCGAUGAACGAGCGAAAGGUGUGUGAGUUUCCGUAUGCGGGGGCACAUCGAUCUGUCCGCGGGAAGAACGCAGCGAUUAACGUUUUCGCAAAGUUAUAAUUUCGUAAGUACUAUGUAUCUACCUAAAUUUUUGAAUAAUUUUGAAGUAAUAUUCGAAAUUUGUUUUGUGCGCCAGAAAGGCGACAUGAGACGUUACAAAAAAAAAAAA